CCGUCGACUAGAGAGUAUACCAGACACGGUAGACAGCGUAGACAGCCAUCGAAGUGUAGAGAAUUAGUGACGACAUCUAAUACGAGUCGGUCGCUUCUCUUCCCCGCAUCGUCGUGUGCGCUUACCGCCUUCCCCAGCCAUUCCCCACACUGCUAUACGCCCGUCCCGCUUAGGCAACUCUCCAAUGCUUGCCUCGCACCAGCACAACCCAGCAGACGACGACGACCGCAAGAACAGAUUCGUCCACCCAGACUCGUCCCACCCGUCCUCUCUGCGCGAGCGAGCCGCGUCCCAGCCGCCCAGGUCCACCGCCCCCUCGUCCUCGCCCUCGCUCCCCCACACCUCCACCGCCUACCUCUCCUCCGUCUCCCCUUCCCUCGCCCGUCCUCCCGCGUCCCCCUGGCGCUUCAACUCGGCUUCACAUCUCAAUCCGUCCACGCAGGCCAUGCCCAUCCGCUCCUCCUCCUUCUCCGCCACCGCGCCCUCCCUCCAGGCCCUCUCCUCCCUCCGCGAGUCACGUGGCUUCCCCUCCACCUUCGAGGACGACGAGUCGGAGUUCAACGAGGGCAUGUCUGACCAGUACACGCCCGUCGACGACGAACGGUUCAUCCUCCCGCCCCAGCAGCAACACCGCGGCCGCUCCUUCGCUGCCGAUCUCACAAGGAGCAGGUCUCAGUCGCUCGCCACAGCCACGACCCGCCCCGCUCCGAUCGGAAGCCCCUUCUCCUCCUCCGGCCUCCAGGGCUGGCUCGAAGGCCAACCCUCCUCGCUCUCCUCCCAUCCCCUCUCCAUCCCCACCAACGGCUUCCCAGGAGGAGGAGGAGGUCCAGGCGCGAGAUACGGGGACAUCAAACCGCCUGGCUCGAGCCGGUACGGUUCGCUCGGUGUUCAAUCUCACGCGCGUUCGCCGCUGAAUCAUGAUCUUUCUUCUUUCCCCUCUUCUUCCUUCCGUCGACAACCGUCCACUUCAUCCACUUCUUCCUCAUCUACUUCUUAUUCUCCUAGCGCCGCCCUCCAGGUCCCUAGUGCUCACAACCACAACCAUGGCCACCACCUCAGUCCCGGCGCUGGUGGCUUUGCAGGCGGCAGUCCGCACCAAGUCGACAUCUCCAACAUGUCGCCCUUCAUGCGCGAUGUCGGCCAGAUCCUGCUCGACGACGGUUCCGCGUUCAGAGAACAGCUCUGGUCGGGCAUGAACCCGCCUAGGGACGAGAACGGCGGCGGUGGGAGCGGAACGACGUCUAGGCGGCAUUCCGUCAGCGUCGUCCAGCCCCGAAGGGGAACGAUCGUCGGAUUCAAUGCGCCGUCGAGCAAUACGCAGCACGUGAACGGAGGCGAUUUUAACGAUUUCGCGGAGGAUGAGUUUCAGGGCGGGGGCGGGGGUAGGGUCGGUGGGAUCUUCCCCGGUGGGGGUGGGGGGUCGUUCGGGCGCGGAGGGUUACUCUUGACGGACGAGGAUCUGGCGGAUAAUUUGAAUGGAUUGAAUCUUGGCGGUGCUGGUGGAGAGGGCACCUCGUCGAGUUCGGGCCAUAUGGGCGGGCAGACGAGUCAGCCGUCGUCAUUGCCUGCGUAUGCGUCCAGGAGCCCGCCUAGCGCGGGCGGGUUGGGCUCGGCUUCGUAUCAGGCUUUGCAGCUUCAUAUUCCGGGCUCGAUCGGGAGGGGUGGGGGUGGGGCUGGUGUGAUUGGGACGCCGAGUGAGGGAGGGACGAGUCCUUCGUUGGGUGAAUAUUUGCCUCAUGGACACGAGUCGUCGUACCUCAAUCACCAUCAGCAACAACAACAGCAGCACCUCCAGCAGCAGCAGCAGCAACAACAACAACAGGGUAGCGGCCGUGGAGGCGUCAUGCCGCGUUAUAUCCCCGGUAUGGGCAUCCAGAUGGUCCCGAACGACGGCCCCGUCUCUCCCACCACCUACGCCCGUCUCAGCUCCGGCGGCGGACGCGCCGGUCCCAACCUCGCCUACCACCACCAACAACAACAACAACAACAACAACAGCAUGUAUCCCAAGGAAGCAUGUUCUCCCAACCUCUGCAACGGCGUCCUUCGUCCGAUUUUGCCCAGCAACAGCAACAACAACAGCAUGCACAAGGGGCGGGACUGGGAGCGCAGGGCGUGCAUGAUCUGGGGAAGGGCGUGCCGUUGCAUUCGGUGGCGAGUUGUCCGUUGUAUAUUGUUGAGUUUAAGGCGGGCCGGACGGAUCUGUUUUAUGCGAUGGGGAUGGAUGGGGGGGUUGGUGAUAUUCGCGUCGGCGACCUCGUCAUAGUCGAAGCCGACCGCGGCAAAGAUCUCGGAAAGGUCAUCAACGAUACCAUCACGAUCGAGGACGUGGAGGCUUAUCAGAGACAGAUGGCGAUGCGGUUUAAUAGUGAUGCGCAGAGUGGGAUGAUGAGUCCGACGGGCAAUGGGGGUGGGCCGAUGAGUCCGGGGGGGAUGAAUGGGCAGGGAGGGAUGAAUGGAGGUGGGCAGGGUGGGAUGAAUGGAGGUGGGCAGGGUGGGAUGAAUGGAGGAGGGCAGGGAGGGAUGAAUGGAGGGGGAGGACAGGGUGCGCCGAAAAGUCUGAAGGAGAUCAAUCCGAAGCAGAUUUAUGGGAAGGCGAGUGGGCAGGAUCGGACGAUGAUGGACCAGAAGAUGCAGGAUGAGUUGAAGGCGCUGCAGUUGUGUCAGCAGAAGGUGAGGCAGAAGAAGUUGCCGAUGGAGGUUGUUGAUGCGGAGUAUCAGUGGGACCGACGAAAGCUGACGUUCUACUUCGUCGCCGAGAAACGGAUCGAUUUCAGAGAGCUCGUCAGGGAGCUUUUCAGGUUAUACAAGACUCGGAUCUGGAUGGCGUCGUUGCAGGGGCCGUCGUACGAGCAAUGAGCCUACGACCACCGACCCACAACGCGCGCCGCCAGGCCAUGUUCAAAACCCAAACCCCUCCCGCUCAAGCCACCCACAUCUAGUCCAAACCCAACACAGUGUAUCGUUUGCAUCUGCUGCCAUCUGUCUCGGUCUCUGUCUCUUUAUUCAUCCUUUUUUCGUUCCUGUUCGGCGUUCAGUGUUCAAUGUUCUCAUAUAUCUAUAUAUACAUACAUCCGCGUCGUCCCGCUAUGCUUGUAUAUCUGAAUAAUUGCUCUUUUUCUGUUGUGUUACUGUGUUGUUGCGGAUCCAUUUUUGUUACCGACCACUUACUUCUUACUCAGAUUCAGACCGAAUGUUACGAAGCCCAGCCCAACCCAGUCCUAGCCCACCUCCCAAGUGUUAUGUGUUACGUGGUAUUUAAGUCGUCUUGCUUAUUAUCUUCUUUUCCUUCUUUUUUUUUUGUGUCGUCGUCGUUUUGUGUCUUUGUGUUGUGCGAGUCGAGUCGUUGUGUUGUGUUGUAUGUACGAGUGUUUACAGUCCACAUGUUCGAGUCGCGGUCUGAUUAUUCGAUCUUCGAUCCACCCCAUCUCAUGCCAUGGAACUUUUUCUUUCUUUAGUACUAACGAACACCGUUCGAUUCCCUUUUCGAUUUGUUGGAACUCGAAGCUUGACUUUUGAGAUCGGUCUUUUUUUUCUUUCGUUGCGUUGUGUUCUUUCUUUCCGACUUCCUUCUUUCUUUCGGUCUUGCUUAUAAUUUCGAGGUGACGGUUCAUGGGCGAUGUGUUCCACGGCUCGACGAUACGGUGGGACGGUAGGACGGGGAGAGUGAGGAGUUUGGGCAUGGGUUUGGGUGUGGUGUGGAAGAGGCUGGUGAGUGGUGGGCGGAGGCGGACCAAAAACCGCGCAUAGUGGGGCCAGGACGUGACGUGGCGGAAAAGACUCUAGGCCGCGGGCGAAAUGCGAUUGAAGAACGCUAUGGCAGUGACGGGGAGUGGUGGUGAACUUACGGACUCUCGGUACAGUUUCAAGUUUCGAAUAGGUGUCAUUUCACAAGGAGGCAAAGUACUCUUGUAUCAUCAGUGUAUUAUAAUAAUUCUAUCUAUAUAUCUCAUUGGGAAUCUACU